AUGGGGUCCACGUCCACGCCGCCUCAUGUCCUGAUCAUAGGCGCAGGUAUCACAGGUCUCGUUCUCGCUCAGACAUUGCGUAAACACGGAGUGUCCUUCGCCGUCUAUGAGCGAGAUCCCGACCCUCUGCACCGUGGCAAAGGCUGGGGGCUGACGAUACACUGGUCUCUUGAUGCGUUCCUUCGGCUUUUACCACAGCAUCUGGUCGAUCGGUUGCCAGAGACUUACGUCGACCCAGACGCGGUUGCAAGAGGAGAGAAUGGGAACUUCCUUCUGUUUGACCUUAGGACCGGAGAGACUAAGUGGAAAGUUCCUCCAGCAAAGCGACUGAGGGUGUCGAGGGAGCGGCUGCGUAGGUUGUUGAUGGAUGGAAUUGAUGUUCAGUGGAACAAAUCUAUCUCUAGUAUCAGCCAGAUAUCAGAAACAGCAGUACGCUGCCAGUUUUCAGAUAAUUCCAGUGCUAAAGGAACCCUGCUGGUAGGAUGUGAUGGCUCUCGAUCAAAGACCCGCUCAUUGCUAUGUUCUCUGGCUGGUAAUGAAACUCCAGCCAGGUCAGAGAACUAUCAACUCCCCGUCCGUCUCAUCGGGGUCAGCGCUGCAUUGCCUUCGCGGGUCGCCCUUAAGAUGAGAGCCCUAGAUCCGUUUUUCUUGCAGGCCGGCGACCCAGCUACCAGUAACUUCUUCUGGUUCUCAUUCCUUGAUACCCCGACUAACAAUGACCGCGAGGACCGUGAUACAUAUGAAUGUCAGAUAUUGAUUAGCUGGCCGUACCGUAAGGAUGGCUCUAACAACAUAGAGAUUCCAUGCCAGAACGUCGAUAAGAUAAAACUUAUGCACUCCCUGGCCGAUGGAUGGGUAGAACCGUUCCGUGAGGUCGUGCAGAGUAUCCCAGAAGAAACAGAGCCGAAGAUCAUCUCCUUGGAAGACUGGCCGACCCCACCGAAGGGCUCAUGGAGCAAUCUUGGUGGCACAGCAACUCUAGUCGGAGAUUCUGCUCAUGCGAUGACAAUGUUUCGUGGUGAAGCAGGGAAUCACGGUAUCCUCGAUGUAUCCAACUUGCUAGAGGCCUUAAUUCCUGUCCUCACAUCGUCGCCACACUCUCCCGCAAAGACACAGCAGGAAGCGAUCAACGAAUAUGAAGAUGAGAUGACCACCCGCACCAGACCAGCAGUUCUUCGAAGCCGCAAAGCGUGUCUUGAUGCUCACGAUUACCCGUCGAUAACGGCGAACUCUCCACUAGUUGCUCGAAGAGGAGCAUUUGAAGAUGAUGACCUAGAAUACCUCCUCAACUAG